AUAAACACUUCUCACAAUUUCUUCAGAUUUCAUAAGAUAAAUGAUUCAUUACAAGUCUCUCUCUAUGGUCUUGCAGUUAAGGAGUGGAGAAAUGUUCCCUCUCACUUUGCGUUCUCUUAGCUUGCCUGAGAAUCCAACCAUAGAUGACUUUAGACGAGCACUGUUGAGCACUGAACUAGCAUGCCAUCCGUAUUAUGCGUAUCUUCAACGUUUCUGUCGUUUUGGAUAUUCUACUGUCGAACCUCAGGGCUCCAAUGGCAUGUUGUAUAUUCGCCCAUUGAGAGAUAACUCCCUUUUACAAGAGCUAUUACGUAGGCAUCAGAAAGAAGGAAAGAAUGUCACGUUUUACAUUGAACAGACUCGUUCUAUGAAGAAUGAACCAUGCAAUGAAAGAGCAAAAGCACUUCAAGAAGGCAAGGUUAUCCCAUGCGAUGGAAGUAAACUAUCCAACAUGCCACUCAUCUUGGAAGCUGCUGCUUUCUCUCCAAACUUGUCGUCUAGUUUGGAUGUCAUUAAUAAGCAAGAUCCGAGCACUUACCCAGAAACCGGCGGUAGCAGUAACUUCUUGGACACUUCAUCACUCUCAGCACAUUUUAAUGGAGAGACUUACUCUGGUGAUAUUUCGAGUACUGAGGAAAUGCAUUGCAAUGAGACCAUGUUUUCAUUGUCUUGUCCCACAUCUAUGAUGAACAACUUUUACUUUCAAGACCCAUACAUUAUUCCAUACAUGACGCCUAUGUGGCAAUGCCAUGGUUACUGGGUUUUUCCUCCAUUUUACGUUCCUCCUCCAAGUUCCUUCGAAAUGUCAUCCAAUUAUAACUUGUGAUAAACUUUUUCCCUGUAUUUCAAAAACA